GCGGAUUCGCCGCUGCCGUUGUGCAGCUUUCGGACACGGCGAAGGCGGACACCCGCACGUACCAGCACACCGUCAUCCAGAACGGGCUGCAGGUGCUGAACAUCCAGGACAAGCGCAGCAACAGGGCUGCGUUCGCCAUGGCUGUCCAGGCGGGCUCGCUGGACGACCCGGCGGAGCUGCCCGGGCUCGCCCACUUCUGCGAGCACAUGCUCUUCCUGGGCACCAGCAGGUACCCCCUGCCAGACGAUUACCGCAACUUCAUGUCCGCUCAUGGCGGGACCCACAACGCGUUCACUGCUGGGGAAGUGACGGUGUACUUCGGGGAGGUCCCCUACGAGGCCGCCUCCGACGCCCUGUCCCGCUUCUCGGACUUCUUUCGGGCUCCCCUCUUCAACAGCGACUAUGUCCAGAAGGAGGUGCACGCCAUCGACAACGAGCACGCCAAGAAUGUGAUCUGGGCAGGCAAAGCGGGAGUGGGGCGAUGGGAUCUCAAGGCCUGGCGGCGGAAGAACGCGUUGCCAGGCCCCUCGGCCCUCGGCCCCUCGGCCCCUCGGGGCCUUCACGCCGCCUUCUUCGACGACAGGGCGUCGCGGGCGGCCGUCGUCAGCGCGUUCGUGCUCGAGUGCUGGAUCAGCGCCCUGCGCGUGUCCGACAACGGCGACUCCGUGUCUUUGCCGGUCUCGAGGUCCUUGGCCGUGAUGUCGCGCAGGAACCCCGUGGUCUGCUUCGCGUCGUAUUUCUUGCCCAGGCUGUCCAUGCACUGGUGGGCCGCGGCACCGCUGACCACGACGAGCUUCUUGCUGCCGCCGAUGCACAUCCUCAGCGUGGGCAACUGCCCCAGCUCGAAGGCCGAGGUCUCCAGCUUCUUGUCCACGACGAAGAUGCUCGGGAUCAAAGCGCACCGCAGUGGGUCGGGCUUCAUCUCCUCCGGGGUCAAGAGCACCCGCUGGGACGCGUGGAAGAGGGACAUCCGGACUUUCUCCUAG